AUGCCGUUAACGGCAGGUGAUAAAGAGCGGGCGGAGAGGUCACUUAAACGCAGUAUUAUUAAGCGAGACGCCUGUGCUGAGCAAAUGUUAGUUUUGAAGAAUAUGAUAGACACGGCGACGACUGAUAAAAAUAUAUUACCGAUAAUAAUCGCUAGGAAAUCGGACCUUGAAAUCUUUAUGUCAGAUUUUCGUAUUGAUCAAGACGACAUAUUGACGCAACUUGUUGACCUUGAUAGGGAGGUAGAAUUCGCAAAUGUCCAUGCGUCGGUAACAAGAACUGUUCAUGAAUAUUAUUAUUCGAUCAACGCAUCAUUUGAGACGUUAGGGCUGAAUAAAAAGGAAACUCAACAUCCAGUUAGAUCUACCAAUAACUUACCCAAAAUUCAGUUGCCGUCCUUUAAUGGUGACAUAUUACAGUGGCGAUCGUUUAGGGAUACAUUUAUCUCGUUAGUUCAUUCGGACACCCUACUGCCUGCAAUUACGAAAUUUCAUUAUUUGUUAGCCGCGGUGUCAGGCUCUGCUGCGUCGGUUGUUCGAUCUGUCCCUUUGACAGAAGCAAAUUACGCCAUCGUAUGGGACGCGUUACUUGAACGUUAUGAUAACAAACGAUUACUCCUAAACGCACACUUAGAUAGUAUGUUCCACUUGACUCCAAUAAACACGGCGACGUUGUCCAAUUUGAAACAGUUUGUCACUACGUUCCAGGAGAAUUUUGCUGCAAUAAAGGCACUAGAAGUGAACGAUUUAUCUGGUUUUGUAUUAUUCUACAUCGCAUCUCGUACAUUAGACUUGAACACAAAGCGGUUAUUUGAAUCCGAAUAUCACGAUGUUGCUGUACCGACGUUAGACAUGCUAUUAGAUUUUGUAAAAAUGCGUUGUAAUGUUUUACAAAAUUCGUCUUCGUCAUAUGUUUCUGCACCGAGAUUGAAUGAAAAACAAUAUAAACCUAAAUCUUCUUUUGUUACCGCAUCUAGUUCUGACAACACCACUUGCAUUGUUUGCAAAUCGAACCAUAAUUUAUAUCAAUGUCCUAAAUUUACGCAGCGUCCGGUGAAACAAAGAUUUAAGUUUGCAAGAUCAAAUAAAUUAUGUAUGAACUGCUUAAGUUCGUUACAUAAAACGUCGGAUUGUAAAUCUACUCACACGUGUCGACAUUGUUCGUUGAAACAUAAUUCGUUGCUACAUCUCGAAUUCAAAACGCCGGCACGUUCUUCCCAGCAUCAUAACGCCGAAGAAUCGUCUUCCGAAAGGUCCACUCCAUCUACGUCGUCGGGUGUCGAUAACUCUCAAUUUGUUGGCACCUCGCGCUGUGCGGCAAAUGUGGUACUCGGUACCGCGAUAGUUCGUAUACAAAAUAGUGCCGGAGCAUGGACACCCAUUCGGGUAUUAGUGGAUCCGGGUUCACAAGUUUCAAUCAUAACCAAUGAGUGUGUGUCUCGGCUGGGGCUCAAACGUCGCCAUUGCACAACCUCUGUAACAGGGUUAUCACAAACUCGCGUAGCAACGACGAAGGGUGUGGUGGACUGUACCAUAGCGUCCAUAGUCCAUUCCAUUACUAAUGAGUCAAAAAUAUUUUGUGAACCUAUAAUUUUAUCAAAAAUUAUUGGCCUUAUGCCUAACAUGCCGCUACCCAACUCUAUCCGUUCUUCAUACAGUCACGUGUUAUUGGCUGACCCGCAGUUUGACGUUCCCGGACCGAUUGAUUUUCUGUUGGGUGCCGACGUCUAUCCACAGAUAUUAGGACCGUCUUCACGUGCACUACAUAUCCCUGGACUACCAUCUGCGUUAGAAACCACGUUAGGUUGGAUCAUUUUAGGUUCAUCCGUGGAUAAAGGUAAAUCGCCGAAGGUGACCCUAAUGCUAACCUCAGAAGUGACUAUUGAUAAUCUUUUACGUACAUUCUGGGAAAUCGAAGAACCAAUACCCACGAAUAAGUUUUUUACGGGUGACCAAAAAUGCGAAGAAUUUUUCUGUCGCACUACGACUCGAGACGCUACCGGUCGGUUUACGUUAUCGCUGCCAUUUAAACACAAUUCUUCGUUACUUGGGGUGUCACGCGACAUGGCAGUCGCACGUUUUUUAAACCUUGAGCGUAAAUUGAUCAAAGACCCGGAAGUGUAUGAACAAUACCGGGCCUUUAUGCGGGAGUAUGAAGAGUUGGGACAUAUGCAACUCGCGUCGAGACCGGGCAAGUAUCAUAUUCCACACCAUGCAGUGAUUAAACGAAGUGCCAAGACUAUGAAAUUAAGAGUAGUAUUCGACGCGUCGGCGGUAUCCGCUACUGGAAAAUCGUUGAAUGAUAUGCUCCAUGUGGGCCCAAAAUUGCAGAACGAUAUCUCAGAUUUACUACAUCGAUGUCGACUUCAUAAGUAUAUGUUUACGGCCGAUAUUUGUAAGAUGUAUCGGCAAAUCAAGAUACAUCCUGAUGACUGCCAAUACCAACAUAUCGUUUGGCGUAAUGAUGUGUCCGAUCCCCUUCAAGAUUAUGAACUAACUACAGUGACCUACGGUGUCACAUCGUCACCUUACCAAGCCAUUCGAGUGUUACAUUCAUUAGAAGAGACAGAUGGUCACCGAUAUCCGUGUGCGUCAAACAUCUUGUCUACACAAACGUAUGUUGACGAUAUAUUGACCGGUCAUCGCACUGUUGACGGUAUUGUUAAAUGCCAAGAGCAUAUAACUCAGUUGUUAGCGAGCGCAGGAUUUGAAUUAAAAAAAUGGUCUUCGAAUUGUGAUGAACUACUUCGCCAUAUUCCGAAAGAAAAUCAAUCCAUUAAUACAUCAUUCGACCCCAAAGAUAAUACGUCGGUAAAAAUUUUAGGGUUACAUUGGACACCGACUACCGACACAUUUAGUUACCACACGUCGGCAGUACCCACAAUUUAUACAAAACGAUCGAUAUUAUCUACGAUUGCUAAACUCUACGACCCAAUCGGGGCACUGGGUCCGAUAAUAUUUUGGGCGAAAUGUUAUAUGCAAUCGUUGUGGCAAAUUAAGCUACAAUGGGAUGACCCACUCCCGCAAUCAUUGUGUGACAUAUGGAAACAAUACUCAUCGGAAUUAUCAUGUGUUAAUAAGAUACGAUUACCUCGAUUUAUUGCAUGCCCAGAUGACAGUAAUGUUCAAUUAAUUGGAUUUUCAGAUGCUUCUGAAAAGGGGUACGCAGCUGUCAUAUAUUUGCGAAUAUGUCACGCUGAUGGAAAUAUUACAAUUCAUUUUAUUACCUCAAAGUCCAAGGUAGCGCCGUUGAAGUCUGCGAAUAAGGAUACUUCAUUAACUAUUCCACGCUUAGAGUUGUGUGGAGCGCUGUUAUUGGCACAAGUUCUAAACCGAAUGAUAAUAACGUUUGAAAACAUUGUACCUGCUGGCCACAUAUAUGCAUGGACGGAUUCACAAGUGGUUCUAUCUUGGUUAACAUCGUCCCAACAGCAAUUCAAAACAUUUGUAACAAAUAGGCUCGCAAAGAUUGUGGAACUGUUACCAAUGUGUAACUGGCGCUAUGUUGCAUCACAAUCAAAUCCGGCUGAUUGUGUGUCACGGGGCUUACUCCCCUCACAAAUUAUCGAUCACGAUCUAUUUUGGCAAGGACCACCAUUCUUAAAAACCCCUGAAUCGGAAUGGGUUGUGGUAUGUGUCAAUAAAUUACUACCAUCACAUCUGCCUGAGUAUCGCAGUACUAUGCCAAAAACGUGUUUGGCAUCACUAGUCAACGUAGAUGUUGAUUGGGUCACCCAAUUUUCGUCGUUAAAGCGCAUGCAACGGGUGGUUGCGUUCAUGUUACGGUUCGUCAAUCGUGCUCGUAAGUUACCCAUUCACGAUGGUCCUAUUCAAUACACAGAAACGGAAGAGGCAAUGCUACACAUUGUUCGUAUGACACAGCGUUCUUACUUUGCUAACUUGUUUAAUACACUAAAGUCUCAAACAUCGAAAGUGUCACCUCGGUCUAUUGCUCAGCUCGCCCCGUUCGUUGAUAAAAACCAUAUUAUACGUGUAGGUGGACGACUUCGACAGUCACAGGUGCCAUUUGAAACACAAAAUCCUAUAUUGAUACCUAAGUCUAGUAUUGUGACCACCCUACUAAUUCGGCAUUUUCAUUUGACGCACCUUCAUGCGGGGCCGCAGUUGGUGUCAUCGUUACUGUCACGUCGCUACUGGAUAAUAUCAGGUCGCUCAGCCAUUCGUUAUGUAAUCUUUAAAUGUGUAACGUGUGCGCGCCACAGACCGACCGUUAUACAUCCGAUCAUGUCAGAUCUCCCGUCGAGUAGAGUGACCCCCUCUCGACCAUUUCUGCACGUUGGAAUAGACUUUGCGGGCCCGUUCAUGAUUGCUGAAGGACGGCGCAAAAAUGCACGGUCAAUCAAAUGCUAUCUGUCUGUAUUUAUAUGUAUGGCGGUCAAAGCAGUGCAUAUAGAAGUGGUAACCGAUUUAUCGACCGAGGCCUUUCUGGCGGCUCUCCAGCGGUUUGUUGCUCGUCGUGGGAAACCGUCCGAUAUAUAUUCGGACUGUGGCACAAAUUUCAAAGGAGCUGACCAGCAACUACGUAAUACUCUACUCAGUUCCACCGCACGAACCAGGUACAUUAAUGAUAUACCGUGCACAUGGCAUUUUAACCCUCCGGCAGCCCCCCACUUUGGAGGGAUAUGGGAGGCCGCCGUGAAAUCAGCUAAAUUUCACAUAAAGCGCGUCAUCGGCACUCAACGACUAACUUUCGAGGAAAUUACUACACUAGCAGCAAGAGUGGAAGCCGUCUUGAACUCGCGACCAUUAGUAGCCCCGUCAGCAGAUCCAAAUGAUUUUCGGGCUCUGUCACCAGGUGAUUUUUUAAUUGGCCACCCGUUAGUGGACAUACCUGAAUCUGACGUCACGGCAGUUGCACAAAAUAGAUUGACGCGGUGGGAGUUACUCCGUCAGAUGUACCAAUCAUUUUGGAAGCGUUGGUCUACCGAAUACCUUACAUCAUUGCAAGGUCGAUCUAAAUGGUUAGACAACAAACCAAAUAUUAAGGUUGGUGAUUUAGUAUUGGUGCAUCAGCCCAACCAACCACCCAUUCAGUGGAAACUUGGUCGGAUUGAACAUACGCACCCCGGUUCAGAUGGAGUAGUACGAGUUGCGACAGUACGUACUGCCACCGGAACAUUAGUGAGGCCAGUGGUUAAACUAGCCAUACUUCCUAUCGAAUCUCAAUAA